AUGGCGCAGCACCAAGGAUCGAGAUCGGUUUCGCGACGGAGACAUUUCAAAACAUGGCGAUGCCUUCUCGUUCUCUGUUCCGCCGCGUUGGUGGCAUCCUUCCCCGUCGCUGCGCUAGCCAGUCACAUCACGCCCGCGGGUGCGGCGUAUGCUCAAAGCGCCACGUCAGAAGAUGUUUCUCUUGAUAUAGUCGACCCCGCCGUAGACGGACCUGCCAAUAAAGAUCAGCGAGACUCCUCGAGCGGAAAGCCCGCGGUUACCUCGAAAGAGAGCGGCAGCAGCGGUGGUGGCGGAAGCACAACGGAAGAAGGAGGAGGAACUGGCAGUGGCGGCAAGAGCAGAGACGACGGCAUGUGGGACUGGAGUUUCAGCGAUCCUAGCACGUCCACCGAUGGCGGCGAUAGUAACGCGACCGAUGGUCAAGGCCCGUCGGAUACCCAAGAAGUGCCUAGUAAACAAGGAGGCUCCAGCAGCGACGGCGGCGGCGAUGGCGGCGGCAAUGGCGGCGGCACCGACGGGCUCCCCACGCAAGACGAGCCUUUUGUGGAUCAUUCACCCGCCAAUCGCAGCCCGGACUCUGGAGGUACAGCCGACGACCCGCCUGCUACAGCCGACCCGCCUGUUGCAGCCGAUCCGCCUGCUACAGCCGACCCGCCUGCUACAGCCGACCCGCCUGCUACAGACGACCCGCCUGCUACAGCCGAUCCGCCUGCAGCAGCCGAUGGCCCGCCUGCUACAGCCGACCCGCCUGCAGCAGCAGAUGACCCGCCUGCUACAACCGAUGACCCUCCUGCUACAGACCCAAAACCUUCGCCCACUGACAACGGCUCUACUAAUGACGGUUCUAAUUCCGCAAAUAACGACCCUCCUACUAACGAUAACGGAGAUGGGGCACUGUACGACCCGACACAGGAGACGUCAGGAGGCGGCCGAGAGAAAAGCUCACCUUCUAAACCUAUUAACAAAGAUGGUUAUGGAAAGCAACCGGAAUCGAGCGGCAGCAGCGGAAACACUCCGAAGAAGCAAGGGGCGCAACAGAAACCCAAAUCGAGCGGCAACAGCGGAAACACCCCAAAGAAGCAAGCGGUGCCACAGGAACCCGGGUACGAGCAAGAUCCCCAACAAGACCCCGCGUACGAUGAUCCUCCCUCCGCGCCUUACGCGCCUUCCGCGCCUUCUCCGCCGUCGAAAGAGUCAAACCCCGAGUACGGCAGCAGCGGCGGCGGCGGCGGGCAGGGGGGAGGCUAUGCGCGCAAACCGAGCACCGCUGCGCCUGGUUACCCUCCGCCGUCACAAGAGACAAACCCCGAGUACGGCAGCAGCGGCGGCGGCGGCGGCUACGGCGACGGUGGGCAGGGGGAAGACUCUGCGCCCGGUUAUUAUCCUCCGCCGUCGUCAUCGGAAGGGGAGGGAGGGGAGGAGGAGGGGGGAGAGUGCGAAAAGGAGGUGGAGAUGGGGAAUGCCUGCCCGCCGUCGACUCUCCCGGGUUAUAAUUACUCGGCGCAGCUCUACGACUCCAAGCUCAUUCUGCAUUGGAUCGUGGAGAACCGCACAGUACACAUGGCGCUCGAGGCCACGCAAGACAGCUACGCGGGGUCGGGCUGGCUCGGUAUAGGCUGGUCCGAUAACGGCCAGAUGGCUCCCGCUGACGCCGUGAUUGGUAACACGCCAGGUGUAGCUGCGUACGAAAUGACUGGUUACCGGCGAACGCAGGUAUUUCCCACCAUGAACUUUUCGCUCGGAUUCGACAAGACUGUUGAGGCGGCGCCGGAUUGCUCCACUAUCGUCAAGUUUUCUCGGGAGAAUGGCACGGGGUCGCAGUCGAUAUUCCACAUAGAGGGGAAGAGCUGGGUCAUAUGGGCGCACUCGCGAAAUGCCAUGACCACGCUCUCCUACCACGGCGCUGCCAUGGGCAUUGCCAUUGUGGACUACUCGUGCCACUACCCACCGCAGAUCAUCCGCGCGCCGCAGAGCAGAACGCCCAGGCCUUGCAGCAUCAACUGCGCGGGGGGAAUCUCGAUGAUGGCGCUGGAGGCGCGAGCGGGCUUCGGCGUCGCCAAGGGGUGGUUCUCCGUGGGAUGGUCGCGCGACGGGGAGAUGUUCCCCGCGGACGCGAUCGUGGGUAAUUUACCCGACGGAAGCGCGCGCAUGUACAGCAUGCGCGGAGAGGACGCGGCUCUCGUGGUUCCCAACGCGUCGAUCUCGCUGGGGUCGAACGCGGGGAUGUUCGUGCGACCGGACGGCUCGAAGGUUAUAAAGUUUGCGCGGCGUGGGACCGACGGGCUGGCUCCGGUGAACAUGAAGGGUCCCAACACGCUGAUCUGGGCGUACACCGCGGAUGGGACGACCCAGUUCGCAUUCCACGGAGAGAACGUCGGAACGGCAACAGCGGACAUGUCCUGCAGGCGCGCGGAGGCGGAAGACCCGGCCGGCGGAGCUGUGCCCACGCCAUCCUCCAAGGCCUCCCCAGUCGCCCCAGAAGCCUCCCCAGUUCCAACCCCGAAGGCUCCGCUUCCGCUUCCGCUUCCGCUUCCGCCCAAGCUGGCCCCCGGCGCGGGCAUGGACGGAAGUGUCAAGAAAGAGUCAAAUACGGGGGGGUUGCCAGGGGCCGGCACUCCUAAACCCAAUACUCCCGGGGCCGGCACUCCCGCGGUCGGCACUCCCGCGGUCGGCACUCCCGGGGCCGGCACUCCCGCGGUCGGCACUCCCGGGGCCGGCACUCCCGGAGGCGGUGCUCCUGGGGGAGGUGCUCCCGGGGGCGGUACUCCCGAGGGCAAAACACCCCAAGGUUGUCGCGAGUCCCCGAAGGCGGGUUACAAGUUCUUCGUCAAACUGAAAGCCCAUUACCUUCUCCUGCACUGGAACCCGCCCAAGCCGUCCGGGAAGGUGCGGAUGGCUGUGGAGGCGUGGCCAGGUCCGGCAACCGCGGGGUGGUUCGCCGUGGGGUGGUCCGCGACGGGCGGAAUGGCGCACGCGGACGCGGUCGUGGGGAACCUGGUGGGCGGAAUGGUGCGCGGAUACGCGCUCUCGGGGCGCACCCCCGACGCGGUGGUGGCGAGUCACGUGAUGAAGCUGGGGCAGAACAAGGCGCUGAGUGCCACCCCCGAGGGCAGCACGUUGAUGGAAUUCACCCGCAACGCUACUGACGGCACGGUGCCUUUGAAUCUGACGGGCAAGAACAAGAUCAUCUGGGCCUUCUCAAACGACGGCGCCCACGCGCUGGGCUACCACGGCACCAACAAGGGCACUGCUAUCAUGGACCUCUCGUGCGGCACUGACGCUGUUGCCCCACCCUCAGCUGCUGCUCCGGCCGAUCCUCUUGUGCCUCCUCUUACCAAGCCAGUUCCCAAGCCAGUCACGAAGCCGAUUAUCAAGCCUCCCGUUGCUAAACCUGUUACCAAGCCUGUUACCAAGCCUGUUACCAAGCCCGUUACCAAGCCUGUUACCAAGCCGAUCAUCAAGCCACCUGUUGCCAAGCCUGUUAUCAAGCCUCCUGUUGCCAAACCUCCCCUCCCCAAAACCAACGUCACCAAGCCUGUUACCAAGCCUGUUAUCAAACCUCCUGUUGCCAAGCCAGUCACCAAACCUCCUGUGACCAAGCCUGCUACCAAGCCUCCAGUUACCAAACCUCCGGUGGUCCCCGCUCCAGCAGGUUCGGCAGGAGGUUCGGCCUGCCAAGCCUCUACCCUUACCGGAUACUCAUUCGUGGCACCGUUGGUGCGGAACAAGCUGGUGCUACAUUGGGCUGUGGCGUCCCCCACGCUCGUGCGUUUUGCGUUGGAGGCGCGGCCGGGGAGUGGCGCGGAGAAGGGGUGGGUGGCGGUGGGGUGGAGCGAGAAGGGCAAGAUGUUUCCCUCCGAUGCCAUCAUUGGCAACACGGCAGGCGGUGCUAUUAGUGCAUACACCAUCACAGGUCGCACCCUCGCUACAAUCUCGGCCACCUCUGCCUUUGCUAUCGGCGCCCCCAGUAUAGUCACACUCACGCCAUCAGCCAAUGGCGCGCCGGCAGGUGGCGGCAUUGGAGUGGCCGAAGCGCCAGUAGCCAAUGGGAGCACGAUUCUGCAAUUUGCCAGGACCACUAUUGAUGGACUAGCGCCUGUAACGCUGUCGGGUGGUAACCGCAUCAUUUGGGCUUUCUCGGCUGAUGAGACGAGGACCCUUGCCGGCCACGGACCUCUCAACAGGGGCUCCGCCCUGGUCUAUUUCAACUGCUCACCUGCCGACACCCACGGCUCUGCCCCUCUGCCGCCUGCUCUGGACGCACCAGCAUCGUCACCAGCAGUGGCAGCGCCCCCGUCAGUUGCCGCCCAGCCGUCAGAACCAGGGGUUGCAGAGCCGUCAAAACCGUCAAAACCAGCAGUAGCAGCACCGUCAGCACCAGCACCGGCAGCAGCAAAACCAAAGCCAGCAAAGGCAUCAGCAUCAGCAGUGGCAGCUGCAGAAGCGGCAAUGCUGGGAUGCUCGCCCUCCCCUCUGGCGAAUUACACUUGCUCCUUGAAGCUCAGCGGUGACAAUUUCAUUCUACACUGGAAGCCCCUCGGUCCCUCGUCUGUCGCAAUAGCAGCAGAGGCAGCAACCACCGGUUUCCUCUCCCUGGGCUGGUCGCGUGGUGGACGCAUGGCACCAUCCGAUGCAGCUAUUGGGAACCUGCCGUUCGGUGCCGUAGCCAAUGGAGCAGCAGUGGGCGCGUUUUACAUCGGCGGGUACGAGGAGAGCGAGGUGGUGCCUUCGGGGGAUUUCACGCUCGCGAACACUGUUGUGGAGAGCAAGAAUGGCCGCACCAUCAUGAGGUUUGAGCGCUCGACAACAGACGGCACGGCACCCAUCAAUGCGGACGGCAGCACCACAGUCAUCUGGUCCUUCUCUGAUCAGCCGUCCCUCAGCUUCCACGGCUCCAACUGUGGGUCUGCCUCAGUAGCAUUCAUGAACAGCCCCUCUGCUCCAGUCACCAGCAGCAGCAGCAGCAGCAACAGCAGCAAGCAAGCAGUGCUCUUGGCGCAUGGCAUCAUGCUCGCACUCGCCUACGCGCUGCUCAUGCCGCUAGGAGUGCUCCUCGCGCGUCUCUUCCUCUACGACCGCCCCACUCUGCCUUCGGAUGAAGACAAGGAAACUCACACCAACAGAGGGCUCUGGUUCCUCUGCCACAAGUACAUUCAAAUCUGUGCGGUUAUCCUGGUGGUAACGGCGGCCAUAAUGGUAUUCGUGGUGGCGGGUUCCCAGGGCCUGGAGUGGACACACGGCAAGCUGGGGGUGGUGGCUCUGGCCCUCACCCUCGUGCAGCCCUUCCUGGGCUUUUUCCGCCCCGACAAGGGCACGUCCCACCGCUCCGCAUGGCUGACAUUCCACUGGGCGAUGGGCAUCGCGGCGAUUGCCAUGGGAUGCGCCAAUGUGUUCCUCGGGAUUGACUUGUACGGGCAGUUCUAUGGCGGCAACCAGGAUGUGAGUUGA